AUGGAACUUUCAUUUCAAGAUAUCGUACAAAUUCUUGCGACACUAUCGGCAUUGUCCAUGUGUGCAAGUCCAUUGUCUGCAAUUACUCGAAUCAUUCGACAACGUGAUGUGAAAAAUGCAUCCAUUCUACCAUUUGCAACGUUGUGGGUUUGUAAUCACAUUUGGAUGUUGUACGGUUACGUCGCAGGUAACCUCUUUCCUGUCUUUACAACAUAUGCUAUUGGAGAUGCUCUAAGUGUCAUCUAUCUCGCAAUAUACCUUCGCUAUACAACAAAUUACAAGAUUGUCAUCACGAUUUGCUCGAUUGCAAUGUUUUGUAAUGCAGCAGUGACUUUUUACGUUAUGGUGGGGAUGAACGUAGAGCUCAAACAUUCAGAAGAUGCGAUGAUGACGGUGGUCGGUAUCAUUGCGAUCAUUUCCAGUCUUGCACUAUAUGCUUCACCCCUUUUAGAAAUCAAAGUGGUAGUACAAACACGGUCGUCGACUUCAUUGCCGUUUGCUAUGAUCCUCGCUGGAGUAAUCAACAAUCUCUUGUGGAUUCUAUACGGCAUUCUCGUCUUCGACUGGUUUCUAAUCGUCCCCUGUAGUGUCAAUGUAUUCUUUGGACUUGUUCAAGCGACGCUUUAUGGUGUAUUUCAUCCUUCUUGCUUUGGGACCGAACGAAGUGUCAUAUCAUGCAAUUCUCCAAAGGAUGACCUGACAGCGUUCAGUUACGCAGGGAUAGAGUCAACUCCAAUCGUCCAGACUGAAGUGAUCAAAGAAUGUCCAGAAUCUGUCACCAUUAUAAUCGACGAAAUUUCUUCAAACAGGUAG